UAUUGAAAAGCUUAACGUACUCUGUGAACAUUGCACCAUACUGUACAAUUAAUCUUAGAACAACUCUACUGUCACCUUCUGACGUACGUCGUUACGACAUUUCCUCGCUGCUGCAAAUGGACUUUCGCUCUCUCGUUUACCUGCUCGAAAUUCGUCCAAACUGACAGCGCAGUCCUCCCUGGCAUGUGGUGCUGUGUAGUCACUUCCAUCCGCACUUUUUCGGGCUUCUGAACGACGGAUCAACUCUGUAAUUCCGACGUCAUCCACGACUGGUAUGGUGCGAGACGCAAGGAUGGCCCUGGUGCUUCUGCUGCUGUUCCCGCUGUUCGUUUCAAGCAAUGGAGGUGGUUUUCAACCGCAGUUUCAGCCUGGAUUCCAACCCUCGUUCCAGAACCAACUUGGACAGGCCAACUUCGGCAACAACUUCGGGAGCAACAUUGACGGCUUCCCUCAGGCCCCCGGUCAACCACUAGGAGGUGUCUACCAGCAACCAGUAACUGGUGGUCCACAAGUUGGCGUCUGUCAACCUGAGACUCGUUUAUCGGUGGUCACGUCAACCGUGCUGCUGCCCACCACGGUUGCCGUCACUCGUACCCGUGCCUUGCCCACGACAGUCUUCACUCAACUAGUGCAGACCACUUACGUGCCCACGACGUUCUACGAGACCCACGUACAGACCUCCGUCAUAGCCCCUGUCAUUCAGACCACUACGGAGGUAAUCACGGCCACCCGUUACGUGACACGCGCCCAGUUCUUCACGGAGACAAGUUUCGUGACAGACGUUCGUGUAGAGCGCUUCACGGAGACGCGCGUGAGUUCCGUGACCUUCACGCACACCAGCAACAACUUCCAGGUGGUCACCACCACCGUCACCACCACAAGGGUGCAAAACAACAUCCAAACUCAAGUUUUGACCCAAACCCAGACCCAGAAAUAUACAGAAACUCUCCCACAAGUUCAGUACUUCACCAACACAGUGACCACCCACAUCCCCAUCUACCGCACCGUGACGGCAGCCGCGCCGCCCGCACCCGAGCAACACGUCCAGACCUUCACGCUCACGUCCACCGUCUUCCCGUCCUGUGGCGGCGGCGGCGGCCAGCAGCAGGGAUAUGUACUUAAGUGA